UCAUAAUCAUACUUACCAUAUUUUUUUACACUCCGGCUCUGGCUAACGGCUAAAAGAUUUUCGAGCAUGAUUACGGAAAUACAAUACCUUCUUUAAAAUUUAAUGCAAUUUAAUAUUAACAGUUCGUUAAAUUUUAUCUCGAAAAUCAAUAAAUUCUGUAACAAUAUAGAAAAAAUAGAUAACUUUCUUGACAUUGCGAAUUAAGGUUAUAAACGACUCCAAUAAUGCCGACUGUUGGAGUUAAACGUGAUUUGCUUUUCAAAGCUCUCGGGAAAACAUAUUCCGAUGAUGAAUUCCAGAGUUUGUGCUUUGAGUUUGGCUUAGAGCUCGAUGAAGUCACAACGGAGAAACAAAUGAUAACAAAGGAGCAAGGGGCUGAACAGAGUACUGGGGCAUCCGAAGAAAUUAUUUAUAGGAUUGAUGUUCCAGCCAACAGAUACGAUCUGUUGUGUCUGGAAGGACUCGUUACUGGACUGCUUAUUUUCCAGGAGAAAAUGCCAGUACCACGUUAUAAAACCAUUGUCCCGAAGACAGGAUUACAAGUGAUGAGAGUAACAGACCAUUGUGCGCAAAUCCGACCGUACGUAGUCUGCGCUAUUCUGCGAGAUGUGACGUUGACCAAAGAUUCGUACAACAGCUUCAUCGAUCUUCAGGAUAAAUUGCAUCAAAAUAUAUGUCGUAAACGCUCCUUGGUUUCCAUCGGUACUCAUGAUUUAGACACAAUUGUAGGACCGUUUACGUAUGAUGCAAAAUCACCGAACGACAUUCGCUUUAUACCCCUUAAUCAGGAGAAAUUGUUCACGGGAAAUGAAAUAAUGGAUUUGUAUGCGAAUCAUGCUCAAUUAAAAGCAUAUUUGCCCAUAAUAAAGGAUAGUCCAGUCUAUCCGAUAGUUUACGAUGCGAAUGGUGUGGUAAUGUCUCUUCCACCGAUAAUCAACGGAGACCAUUCGAAAAUCACCCUCAAAACGAAAAAUAUACUGAUCGAGUGUACGGCAACCGACUUGACGAAAGCGAAGGUGGUACUGGAUACGAUAGUUUGUGCUUUUAGCGAAUAUUGUCGCGAUAAGUACACUGCGGAGAGUGUCAAGAUCGUUUAUCCUGGUGAAAGGGAAUCGGAGAGUCAUUUGUAUCCAGAUUUGAAUUAUCGGAGCGAAAAAAUCAGUUGUGCCAAAGCGACUAAUUACAUCGGUGUCAAGACGUCUCCAGAGACCGUUGCUAAAUUAUUGUCAAAAAUGUGUCUCGAGACUCGAGUCUCUGACAAGAAGAAUGGAGAAUUGGAUGUCGAAAUACCACCGACUCGGCAUGACGUCAUUCACGCCUGUGAUAUUUACGAGGACGUCGCGAUCGCUUGGGGUUACAACAAAAUCGUAAGGACGAUACCGAAAACUUCUACGAUCGGACAGGAGUUUCCUCUUAACAAACUGUCGGAUCAAAUACGCGAGGAAUUGGCUCACGCAGGAUUCACAGAAGCUCUCACUUUUUCGUUGUGUUCCCGUGAGGACGUGUCCGAAAAAUUGGGCCACGAUUUCGCCACGGUUCCAGCAGUCACGAUAUCAAAUCCGAAAACGUUGGAAUUUCAAGUCGCAAGAACGUGCCUGCUGCCGGGUCUUCUGAAGACAUUAGCAGCGAACAAAAAAAUGCCACUGCCUUUGAGACUGUUUGAAGUAUCGGACGUCGUUCUCUUGGAUCCGGAUAGCGAGUGCGGCGCUCGAAACGAGCGACGUCUUGGAGCUAUUUAUUGCAAUAAAUCAGCUGGCUUCCAAGUCAUUCACGGACUCCUUGACAGGGUUAUGCAAAUGCUCCAGGUCCCAUGGAGCUCGAGCAAGGACGGUGGCGAGGAGAAUCUUGGAUAUUAUCUCGAAGCUGAUGAGGAUCCGACCUACUUUCCCCAAAGAUGUGCCAGGAUAAUGGUCGACGGUCAACCAAUCGGGAAAAUGGGAGUUUUGCAUCCAGACGUUUUAUCGAAAUUCGAUCUCGGUCUGCCUUGUUCUGCGAUGGAAAUUAAUCUCGAAUUGUUUUUGUAACGUUUCAUCGCUAGGAAUACUUCUUAUAUUUGUGGAUUAUGUAAACUACAGAGGGUUCUAAACGUUCUAUAAUUUCUAUAAAAAUCUUUACUAUUCGAAUACAAUAAAUAAUAUACAAUAAAAAAAAA